AUGCCAGGAAGCUGGGUACCCCAACAACCACGACGACAACCACAGCGUGUGUCUGUUCAUGGGGUUAUCCCCUACAUCACACCCGAACAAGCGGCUCAAUACGGGGGUUACUACUCCCCUAUGCCGACGCCGGCGCCUCCUCAGCAACCUCAACGAGUGAGAACAAGCCAGAGGGGGCAUUACGCCCCGGCGCCGUAUAACCCUUUUGUGCAGAACGCCCCGGCGCCGCAGCAGCAGCGGUCUUCGAUGCGUGGUGCCAGGGCUGCGGCGGGACAGGGGAAUGUUGCUGCGGCUGAGAAGACGACGAAACGGGCUUCUGCUGCUGCGGCGAGGAAAAAAGAGAUGCCGUUGCCGGAGAUACCGCUGCCGGAGGUUCCAACGGAGGAGGAGGAGGAGGAGGGGAAAGGAGAAGGGAAGGAGAGGGAGGUUGUGCUGUCAGAGAAGGUUGGGGGUGGUGAGAAAGAGGAGCCGACGAAGGCCGUUACAGAGGGUGGGAAGGCCGAGCCGCCGGUAAAACAAGAGGAGGAGGUGAAGGAGGAGGAGGUCGUGGCUGAGAAGAGUGAGCCGGCGGCGCGGGUAGAGGUCGUGACCGAGAAGGGCGUGGCUGAGAAGUGA